GAUAUGACUUACUGGCUUCAGGAACUUCAACAGAAGAGGUGGGAAUAUUGUAACAAUCUUGAUGCAGCAAAAAGGGACAGCCGAACUUCCCCUACACCAAGUGACUUUUCCAAAGGUCUUGUUGCCAAAGACAACCCUGAUUUGAGCGUCCUAAGUCAAAAUGCUUCAGCAGAGAGAGCUAGAAAUAUUCUAGCUGUGGAGACUUGUCCUACAGACCUGGUGGGGGAACAAGCAGCUUCCCAACCUGCACCAAUCCAACCAAGUGCCAUCAAUUUCUCACUUAAACAAUGGAGUACUGAAAUCAAGAACUCCAUGUCCUCCUUAAGAAAAGGGAAUAACGAAAACCGCAGGAGCGUAUUUUAUACCACUGAAGAGUGGGAAUUACUGGAUCCAACCCCAAAAGACUUGGAGGACUCAAUGGCCUUGGAAGAGAAGAGGAAACACCUGGCAGAAGGAAGUAAAGGACUGACUAGUUCAGCUUUUCCAUUCGAUUUUGGCCGCAUUCCACACAAAACAAGGCGCCCGUUAAAAGACAUGAUUGGAUCAAGCAAAUGCCGGAACAGCACUGACUCUUCUCCAACCGAGUGGUAUUCUGGUAACGGCAACAAACUAGUCUCUGAACUGCAAAUGAAGUAUCAAAGCCAGCAAGAAGAGUUGGAAAAGCUAAAGAAAGAUCUUUUGAGCCAAAAGGAACUUGUGCGACUUCUGCAGCAAACAGUCCGAUCUUCCCAAUAUGAAAAAUACUUCACAAGCCAUCUUUGUGAGGGGCUUCCCAAAGACAAACUAGAGCUGUUGCACCAAAAAGAUGACCAGAUUUUUGGUCUCAACAACCAGCUUGAAAAAUUAAAUCUGGAGAAAGAGAGUGUCCAGCAGGAAGAAAAGAAUCUGAAAUGUAAGAUUGGAGAACUCAAUGAGCAGCUGGGUAUGUUGAUGGAAACUAUUCAAGCUAAAGAUGAAGUGAUCAUGAAACUCUCUCGUCAACUCAGCGAAUGUGAGGACAAUACAUCCUCUCAAAGUGGAGCAGUCAGUUCUUCCAUGGCCACCUGUACUAAUAAGGAACUACAGGAACUGGACAGACUAAAAGACAAUCUUCAGGGUUAUAAGACCCAGAAUAAAUUUUUAAAUAAAGAGAUUUUGGAACUUUCUGCUCUACGAAGAAAUGCAGAAGCAAGAGAGAGAGAAUGGCAGGCAAAGUAUACUAGCCUGGAAGCCAAACUCUGUCAGAUAGAAAGUAAAUACCUGAUCUUGCUUCAAGAAAUGAAAACUCCUGUUUGUUCUGAGGAGCAGAGUCCUGCUCGUGAGGUCAUCACACAGUUACUGGAAGAUGCCUUGAAAGCAGAAACUAGUGAACAACCAGAACAAGCGUUUUUCAAACCACACCUGGUCAGUGAAUAUGAUAUAUACGGCUUUCAGACAGUCCCAGAAGAUGAUGAUGAGGAGAAACUAGUUGCAAAAUCACGGGCUUUGGACCUGAGAUCGCUUUCUCUUAGUGAAAAUCGAGACAUCUCCACAGGGGUAAAAUGGGAAAACUAUCUUGCAAGCACAAUGAAUAGAGAGAUGAUGCGCUGUGUAGAACUUAAGAGCCUUAUUCGAUCUGGAAUUCCACAUGAACAUCGUUCCAAGAUAUGGAAAUGGUGUGUCAAUCUCCAUGUUAAAAAAUUCAAGGACAGCACUGUUCCUGGGUACUUCCAAACCUUGCUUCAAAAUGCUCUGGAAAAACAGAAUCCUGCAUCCAAACAAAUUGAGUUGGAUCUCUUGAGGACUUUACCGAACAACAAGCAUUAUUCCUCCCCCACCUCUGAAGGGAUCCAGAAGCUGCGAAACGUGUUGCUGGCAUUUUCGUGGAGAAAUCCUGAUAUAGGAUAUUGCCAAGGGCUCAACAGAUUGGUAGCAAUUGCACUUCUGUACUUGGAACAGGAAGAUGCUUUCUGGUGUCUAGUAACCAUAGUGGAAGUUUUCAUGCCUCGUGAUUAUUAUACUAAGACACUGCUAGGAUCUCAG